CUUUGCUGUAGUCGAUCUGUCUCUCUGCGCUGCGCGAUACGGAUGACGACAGUAGCUGGAUAUUACUGAGAGUGUGCGUUUGACGCACUUCAUAAGUACUUGUUUUUGGGUUGAUAAUAGAUUGUCUCGUGUGCGCGUGAGCGUGGUUGUGGGCGAUGGCGCACGAUAGUCUUGGACUGCCUGAUUCUGCAGACAUACGCAGGCUACGACGGGGUUUUACACACGGGGUGAGCGAAGUGGAUGAGGACGAGGAGUCUCAAGAUGUUACGCAGCCGCCAGAUCCAGCGUCCCCAGCGCCCUCGCUAUCGACAACAGAUCCAACAACGACCACCACCCACUCCGUCAGAAACACCAGAGGUACCGCGGCGGUUGCCGAUUUGACGCGGCGCAAGAGCGAGACGGUAUCGAUAGACUCGUCGAGUCCGGCGUCGUCCUUGCAUGUUAUCCAGGACCUGCAUCUUAUGGAGACCCAGGCCGACGCUUGCUUCCACGAGAUCCCGGACUCGGAGGAUUUGAGUAAUGCGGUCUCGCCAUUCUUUCAAACAAACAGCACACAAUCUCUUGAAAAGCUGUCAGUCAAUCGCUCGGCUACUAUCACGAAUGGCUCGCACAACACGCCAAAGCAUAAUCAUGGCAAACCUACACCGCAAGAUCACCACAAGCUCGAAGAAGUGAACAGCCAGCCAGAGCACGGCCAUGUCGAGUACUCGUCGCCGAUGUUUGCCGAGUCUGCAAAGAAGCGGACAUACCCGAUCGAAGACGGCCUCGACGACAUCCCGUUUGAGGAAACGCCCGCGCAGUCGCGCAUCGUGAACUUACCCGACGACACGCCGUUCCAGGACGCGAGUCAGACGCCGACGCUCGCGGCGCGGCGGAAUCUGUUGCUGAAUAAUAACUCUGGCUCGCCUGGAGUCUUGCGCUCGCGACGCAUUACAGACGAUGUGUUUGACGGCGAGUUCGAGGCCGGGCCUGUCGAACUCGCGCCGGGUGCUCUGCAGUCCAAAAGAGCGAUGGAAGCGUUGCGGAGGAAGGAAAUCAAUCUCAGGAAAGACAACUCGAACGGUCGGCGUCGUAAAAGCCCGCGAAAGUCCGCGCGCGCAAAGUCCGAUGACGAAGAGGUCGAGAUGAUCCCGCUCACUCCUGCCGUGGGUAACAACCCUUUACCAGCUACUGAAGAGCCUGCGUCGGGCGAGGACGGACUUUCAUAUGUCUCGGCGUCUGAUAACGAGGACAGGAAGGACGCGCAGCAGGAUUCACAGCAGAUUCUGGAGGAUACGCAGCCCGUUGCUUCACUUGCUCUCGAAGAAAAAGACGCGGCCGAGCGAUUUCUCAAUUUUGAGAACGGCGACGACGACGAUGAUGAUGAAAACGAAGAAAUAGAAGAAGACGACGAUCGUGAUCUCGGAGACGAACACACGGCUGACAACGAUAUCUCGUCCGAGACCGAAGACGAAAAGGCCAAGAACUUGUUAGACGCGGAGACGCAAAAGAUUAUUGACAGUCAACCUACAGAUCUUGGGACGAACGAUAUCGACGAGAUCAACUCGGCUGGAGCGCUGACUAGUACACCUCCAUAUAUCCAUCAAACGCGACAAUCUCGAGCAACCCGCGCCCCGUCACAAAAGCAGCAACAAUCUCUUCUACAUUUCCGACGCGCGACCGCCGACGCACCGAGCAACCCGUCAAUCUCCCCGAUACGAAGUCUACGGAGCCAAAAUUCCGAACCACCAGAAUCCUCUCGUGAACAGGCCGCCGAUCUCGAGAGCGCGGCGGCUUCAGGGCAGCAUAGGAGACAGUCUUCCGAGCAGUCUGUGUUGUCUAAAUUUCCGCUUCGUCGGAAUACGAAAGCAGCGUCGGCGUUGCCUAAGAAGGGAUCUGGAGUGGGGAAGCGUGAUAUAUUUGACUUUUCUGCGAGUCAGGAUAGUCCUCAGCAGCAGGACAAGAAAGAGGAAGAUGAGGAUGAGAUUAUCCAGCGACGCCGAAAAACACCAGGCUCGUCUCCAGUCAAAAAGCCGGAAGCUGCGGUCAAGAUAGUCCGUCGACGAGGGAAGUCUCUGGCCGGAGAUUUGUCGUCGUUGGUGUAUCAGAAGCAGCAGAAACCCAUGAAGAGACUCGAAAUGCUGGCCGGCGGUGGAGGCAGUCGAGUGUCGUCAAAGCGGGCGAGACGAGAUGGAAGAAGCAGUGCAUCGAGAUCACCGCAGCGGAAUAAGAAGACCAGGACCGAGACGGUGAAGAUUCAGCCUGUUGAGAUUCCAGAGACGGUCGACGACGAAUUGCUAGGUGAUGUAUCUACGAAAUCGGCAUUACAAGCUAUGGAAGUAGACCAGCGGGACGAAAGGGAAGGGCCGGAAGUCUAUGCAGAUGACGGAGUAGGCGAUCAAGAAGACUACGAGGAGGAAGAUGAGGAGAGCUCGGGCGAUGACGGGAAGGAUGACGAGUACCUUGAUACCGCAAACUGGUCGCCCUCAUCAGCGCAUAAAUACGCGCCCGCAAAGAAACGGCUUCGCAGACGGACUACCAGCGGCGAGACUGGUCCGCCCGAACCACGACAGCUAUCAAACCCGAAGCCGACGCGCGGAGCUGCCGAGGCUGAUGCCAGUCUCGCGCCGAUACGUGCGCCAUAUCGCGUGUUUGCGUAUUGGCAAGGUAUUCAGACGGGAUACUUCCCGGCGACGCUUGUCAUGCCGCCGCGAGCGACGGAUCCGAAUCGGUUGAAGGUGCGGUUCGAUGACGGCACGACGACGGAUGUGUUGGUUAACGAUAUUGCGAGUCUGGAUUUACGUGCCGGAGAUGUCGUGCGCGGAUACGAACUGGACAAGGGCUGGAAGAGGCAGCUUGAGAUUGUAAGGCUCGAGCGCGAGAUGCAGCGGAGUAUGAACUAUGAUGCGACAAAGUCGAAUGAGGAGAAGACUACUUGUGUGCGCGGGUAUCGAUAUGUUACGGUUCGGAAAUACUACCCGAAGAAAUCGCAGUCGGUGGCUCCAUCUUCAGCGCAAAGAGCCGGUGCAGAAUCCGCAAUCGCAGAUACCACUGCAGACCAGUCCUCUUCUCAGCAGAUCACGAUCCCGCUCUCGAACCUAUACAUCCAAAGAGGCAGGCUCGAGCCCUUCAGAUCCCGAUGCGUACCCGCCGAAGUCGCCAACAUCCUCGACCGGCCCGACCUCUCGAUCGAGCGCCUGAUGCCAGUCUCUGCGCUUCGCUCGUCGCCGCUUGCGCCGGUAAAGACGUUUCGCGGGACAGGCGGCACGACGCCUACCGGUCGCAAGCAGGUGCUGCAUAGUCACUUGGCAGGCGGCGCCGGGAACUUGGUCGCGCAGCUGCUGGAGCUGUAUCAGACGCGGAAGGAGACGGCAGGUGCGUUGGUUUCACCGGCGAGAUCUGCGACUACGAUCUUUGCGGGCUGCGCGUUUGCAAGCACGGGGCUGAGCGAGAGCGAAACGCUCAGCAUCGAAGACCUCGUGACGAGAAACGGGGGGAUUUAUCUCGACAAUGGUCUUUCCGAGCUGUUUAGACAGGAAGCAAUGACCUCGACCCGGUCCGGCACCGUGCCUGGAUUCCGCAUCCGUCCGCGGAAGGAGAUACUCGACUCGCUCGACUUUGUCGGCGUGAUCACGACCCCGACCGCGUCGCGCAAGAUGAACGUGACGCAGGCGCACGCGCUGGGCUGGCCGUGUCUGCCGGCGCGGUUUAUCGAGGAAAGCGUGGCGAAGGGCAAGAUGUGCGCGUGGCGGCCGUUCGCGAUGGCGGCGCCGGCGAGCGUGCUCGAGGGGUUUCAGUUUGAUUGGCUUUGGGGACGGUCGAUGGAGGAGAUUUAUAGGCGGCGCGUGGGGAUUUUGGCGGGGAAGAGGGUCGCGGUUGUGAUGUAUAACCUUGAUGAUCGGUCGUAUCUUGAUAGCGUGAUGCAUGUGUUUACAUUCAUGGGACCUGACCGGCUAGCGUGCGUAUCCGAUCUGACAGGUCUCGCGCAGCUCCUCGACCCCACAGCAAAGCCCUUAUCGGAAGCCCAAACAAUAGCAUACUCAAUUUUUUCCCACAUACCCGACGACGUGGCCGUCGCCAGCAGCAACGACGACAACGACAACAGCGACAACGAUAACAGCAGCGACAGUGUAUGGUACUUACCCCACGCCUCCCGUCGCCAGAGCUGGGACUACAUCUGCAUCUUUGUCGACAAGCUCGAGACCGUGAUGCCCAAACUUGCAGAGCUCUCAGAGGACACGAGACGCGGCGCAAAUUUCGUCGAUAAAACUUGGCUGUACAAGCUUCUCCAGGUCGAUGUCGAUGUCGAGCUUGCUGAUUGAUUAGAGCCGUGCUUCUACGUUGGAUUG